UCCGUCCGGCGCUAGGUUUUGAAAGCACCAAAUGUCCGUGGGUUGAUUAAACAUUACAUUAUUGUUCUAUUUUAGAUUUCCCGGCCGAAUUUUCUGUCUCCACAAUGUCCGAGGAGAUGGGCUAUUCUCCCAGCUUCAAACGACCUUCGGAAAUUUUGCGAAUGCGAAGGAAAAGAGCCCGCAGCGAAGCUUUCUCUUCUAGCCCGAGUAGUGACACCAGCGGCACCGAGCAAAGUGUCUCUUCCCCGUCGUCGUCAUCGUCGUGUGUCCGUCCCUUCUCGCCAGGGCCACUUUACUUCAACAGCCUCGCAACCUCCGGCGCUGGGGUGAAGCGCAGAAACCCGUUCGCAAACGUUGAGAACAGACGCAGUCCGAGGAAGAAAUGUCUCCAUUUGAACGACGACGAAGCGGGCGAGCAAACGACAGAAAGGCCGCCGCCAACAAGGGAAGAAGGUGACCUGGCUUUCUCAGAAUUGAUGAGCAAAGUCGAAGCUAUGGGACGACAAGAGAACUACAAACAGAAGGGUUUGUCUCUCUCUGAAGAUAGCUCUCUUUUUGAGGAAAGUGAGGAUGACGUUAAAACACCACUACUGAAGAGCCCACGGGCCAUUUCCCCUCUUUCCAUAGCGGCCCCUCUGUGCACGGAGUAUCCAGCCGACUGGAGCUUGAAGACCCGUCUACUUUUUACGUCCUCGCUGUCGCUGUCUUGGUCCGAGCAGCCCAAAGCUCAGGAGGAAGCCUCCGGGCUCAGCCAGCAUUGCCGAGCACACUUUAGCACAUGGCCACCUAAUCUACAGGAUCCAAAGUCAUGCACGGAGCUUCGCUGUGCCUUCCAGCAGAGUCUGAUCUAUUGGCAACAUCCCAGCCUGUCUUGGGUGCCACUGUUCCCCAGGAUCAAUGCUGAGCGCAGGUUUACUGGGAAGAGCGCCCCCUGGGCACAUGAUGCAGAGCUGCAGCGAGGUCUCAUGAGUGACUGGUCAGCCAGUCUGUCAUCACUCUACAGUCUACUAAAGGCCAAACUGUGUCCUUACUUCUAUGUCUGCUCCUAUCAGUUCACAGUAUUGUUCCGUGCCGCUGGACUCGGAGGCUCGGUCAGCAUUAAUGCCCUUGUUUCUCCCACGACCAGAGGGCUCCGUGAGGCCAUGAAAGCUGAAGGUAUCGAGUUCACUCUGCCUCUAGUGGAGGAAAGGACGACGAGCAGAGAGCAACAGAACGUUUGCAAUGAAGAACGGCAACAGAAAGAUAGUUGCGAGCACAAAGAGGACACGUGCUGCUCGGAUGGCCCGGACGACGACGAGGACGGGGAUGGAGGUGGCAGCCUCUCGUGGCUGAAGGAGAUGGGAGUCCAGGACAAGAUCAAGAAGCCAGACAGCAUCGGCAUUCAACUUCGCAAGGAAGACCGAGCGGUCAGGGUGGACCACAAGCCCGAGUCGGUGGUGUGCGUGGAGGGGGCGCACGCGUUCACGCUCGUCAACUUCCUCAUCAACUGCAAGAGCGUGGUGGCGGCGGCCGGGUCUCAGGCGGGCCUUCCGCCGACGUUGCUGGCCCCGGUUGCUUUUCGAGGCGCUGCCAUGCAUUCGCUUAAGGCUCGCUGUGUGAAUGUGAAGAGCCAAGUUGGUCCCGGCUACCAGAACAUUAGCAGUAUGGAGAUCACAGGGCCCAUCCUGCCAUCGUCUUUGCACGCCAUCACAACCCUGCUCCGCCCCGCGCAGAAAGGAAACUUCUCAGCCACUCUUUACACACAUGCGCCCACAGCCAUCCUGAACAUCCAUGGAACCAAGCAACAGCGCACGAGUGGGGCAGAGGACCUCUCUGCGUUUGGCCUCCAUCCGGCCUCCAUCAAGCAGCUGCAGCAACCAUCCAGCCUGGGUAAGACGGCGCUCACGCAGAUCUCCAUGAACGACUACGGCUACACCUGGAAGAAGUGAUUCGGUCCUGCUUCUAGUCAAAGGGGUGCGUGUCAUUAUAUUCUAUUUUUUCAGCUCAAAUGGAAGUGCACUUAAAAAAUAAGGCUUCCCUCUUCAAACAUUGACUUGAACUUUUUUUUUGUGUUUAAGCUCACAUGCAAAUAAUUGGACAAUUAGUGUGGGUGUUAAAAUGAUGGAAUGCUCAUGUGCUUAACUUACAGUUCAGUUAUAUUGAACUUUUUAGGCAGCGAUUAUUAGAGGGAGCCCGCGUGCCGCUCGUGUUAUAGAUGUACCACACUUGGAGAAUAACUGCAAAUGCUUGCUAGUGUCCCGCUGACAGGAAAUAAAUCCCAGCGUCAGCCGCCAUUAGAUUCCAUCUCAACCAGCUGGCUCAGUAUAAUAAGUUUCGAAAAUGCCUUGUGUAUUAGAUAAAUGAUCAAAGUUGCAAUCAGCAGUAGCAUCUUUAUUUCUUAUGCCACUUUGAACGCUUACAUUUGAUUUCUCCAAUGCCUCGAGCAAAUAUUAUAUACACUACUAUAAACUGCUUGCUAUGAUAAACAAAUGUACACAAUUUCCUUAACGUGAUUUUUUUUUGUGUUGCUUUUUUUUUUUUUUUUUUUCAGCUAAGCAUUCCAUAUUUCCAUAACUGCAGUUAUAAAAAUACCAUAUAUUUCUUAAUUUGCUUCUUACCUGCGUUGACAAGUGAUACUUAUCAACAUUAUUGCUGCUUUAGCACAGUAGACUCUGGAGCUCUUAAGUAAACAUAGCAACAUGGCUAUUAGCGACUGUAAAAAUGUUUGCUUUCAAUUCAGUUCGGACCAGUUUAAAAAAAAAAAAUGAAUUGGAGACCAUAACAAUUAAUAAUAAUAAAAAUAAAACAAAAAUGACAA